CUCCAAAGUCUCAUCACCGCCUGCUGCAUCGACCCCGGAACAGAGCAUCUUUUCUCCCGUUCUGAAAGAUUCCUCGUCGCCGAACCACGUCCAUGUGCCAUUGCGGCGAUGCGAUUUUGUUUUGCUCGGAGGCCAGAAACCACCUCUGUCCCUAACUCCUCCACCUAGACGCAUUUUCAGUCGCAGUUAUGGCUGAUCCAAGCCCACAAUCUGAAUCGCAGGCCACUUCCGCUCCAGCACAGUCGCAAUCUGGAAACGAACAACCAGCAACGAACAAGGCUCCUGCAAAUCAAACUCCUGGGCAUCCCAGUUUCAGAAGGCAGCGCGCAUCUCGAGCGUGUGAAACAUGUCAUGCACGUAAAGUCCGAUGUGAUGCGGCUUCUCUAGGUGUCCCUUGCACCAACUGUGUAGCAUUUUCCAUCGAAUGCCGGAUCCCUGUUCCCAAAAGGAAGAGGGCCGGUACGUCGCGAGCAAAAGAUGAAGAAAGUGAGACUGGCGACUCCCAGCAACCGCCUACUCCCACAGAUCCCCGUCUAACACGCCCUCCACAACCGAGGCCGACCGCCGGCUUCAAUUCUCCAGAUGGCAUCCCCUCGACGCAAAUGUCGGAGGCGCAAGCCGCCCAACAAGCCGCCAAUAACGGUACCAUGGCCCAAUUCAUGAAGCCUAAGUUUGCUCGCGCACCGAUCAAGGAAGCUGGGCGAGUCGCUUACCUGGGAGAAUCCUCGAAUCUGUCACUGCUCGUUCACGAUCGGCACGGCACCACCGAUGUAGUCCACUAUCCUCUCCCGGAGAACAUCAGGGGUGCGCGUGCACGCUUGACGGAACCAGACCAAAUGGAGAUCGAGAUCCUGCAACAGAGAGGCGCCUUUUUACUCCCUCCUCGAGCGCUGUGUGACGAACUUGUUGAUGCCUACUUUCGCUGGGUCCAUCCCAUUGUGCCAGUCAUCAAUAAAACACGAUUCAUGAAGAGGUAUAAAGACACCAAAAAUCCGCCGUCGUUGCUGCUUCUUCAGGCAAUCUUGCUGGCUGGCUCACGGGUGUGUACAAACCCACAACUGAUGGACGCCACUGGCUCGACAACGCCUGCAGCAAUGACCUUCUACAAGCGUGCUAAAGCACUAUACGACGCCAACUAUGAAGAUGAUCGCAUCACCAUAGUCCAAGCUUUGAUAUUGAUGGGCUGGUACUGGGAGGGCCCCGAAGGUAAGGGCCGGGAGUCAAUCGACUUUGCCGACUAUGCUCGGUCUAACAUUGCGGCAGAUGUGACGAAAAAUGUCUUUUACUGGACCAGGGUGGCUAUUGUGGUCGCUCAAGGUGCUGGUAUGCAUCGGAGUGUUGAGAGCUCGCAACUAAGCCGACAAGACAAGAGACUGUGGAAGAGAGUAUGGUGGUCUCUUUUCACAAGGGAUCGGUCUGUUGCUGUCGCGCUAGGUCGCCCUGUCUCGAUCAACACCGACGAUUCGGAUGUCGAAAUGAUUACUGAAGACGACUUCAUUGAGGACGAAGGGGAUCCAAACAGUGACUAUCACCCGGAUCCUGUUCACGUCCAAUUUUUCCUACAAUAUGUCAAGCUCUGCGAGAUUAUGGGUCUCGUGCUUUCGCAGCAAUACUCGGUCGCAUCCAAGGCUCGAAGGACCAAUGCCAUAGACCUUACACAUAGCGACAUGGCAUUGGCAGAUUGGUUGCAGAAUUGUCCUCGGGAGGUAUACUGGGAACGGUCGCGCCAUCAUUUUUGGUCUGCCUUACUUCAUUCCAACUACUACACCACACUAUGUCUCUUACAUCGUGCUCAUAUGCCGCCUGCCACAGCAAAACCGCACGACUAUGAGAAUGUCGACAUGUCAUAUCCUUCGAGAACAAUAGCAUUCCAGGCCGCUGGCAUGAUUACUUCCAUAAUGGAGAACCUCCUUGCUCACGACCAAGUCAAGUACACGCCUGCAUUUAUUGUUUACAGUCUGUUCUCGGCGCUGAUUAUGCACGUCUACCAGAUGCGCUCCUCAGUGCCUUCAGUCGUGGCGGCCAGCCAGGAACGAAUCAACGUAUGCAUGAAUGCGCUAAAGGAGGUGUCCAAGGUGUGGUUAGUGGCCAAGAUGGUGCACACCCUGUUCGAAUCCAUCCUUGGAAACAAGGUGUUGGAGGAGAGGUUGCAGAAAGCGACGGGCAAGAAAGCUCAACGAGCCAAAACGAACCAAGGUGCUGGUGCUCCAGGCCAGCCAAAUGGCAACGCCAACGGUACAGCCCACACUGCUCCUGCACAUGCACCAAUGCCACCCACAAAUCCAGCGAAGCGCAAAUUUGAUGACAUUGACUUGGGAUUUAAUGUCGGCCCUCCAGCUCCGCAGAUGUCAUAUGAGCGGUCGCGACCACAGACUCCUGCUGUUACACCUUCUCGAGAAGUCCCUCAACACCAGCAUCAGCACAACUUCCUCGGCUCCCCUCCGCUGCCGGCUGACCACUUACCGGCAUCAAGAUCUCGUGGAGCUUCUCGGAUACCUUCGCGAGGUCCCACCAGAGCCAACUCGCCCUUCAAUGGGUAUUCCAUACCGGCGACACCGCCAGACUUAUUUUUGGUUACCAGAGACUCGCCAAAUAUCUCACAGCAGUUAUGGGAGAAUUUUCAACCUGAUCAGCUCUUCCCUGACGGGACUAUCGGAGAUGUGACGAAUUUCACUAGUCCUGUCCUGAACCACGCUGUCGAUCCUCAACUACAAAUGCAACACCCCAUGACAGGCCAGCAAAUGCCGCAGAUUGACAUGGCAGGACAGGCCCAAGUAUGGCCGCCUGGAAUGCAAGGCAUGAUGGGCGCUGGGAUGGAGAUGCACGACAGCGAUGGAUGGUCAACUAGCUCGAUUGGUAAUGCUCCAGUGGCGCCGACUACUUUGAAUGUUGAGGACUGGUUCCAGUUCUUUGGCAUUAAUGGCGAGAUGGCUGGGAUGAACAUGGAUGGAACUUGAUCACGGAGGGUGUCGCGCGAGAAAUUUCUGACAACCCCAGUCCGCUGGAGGUUCAACCAUCGCCUGCGUUCACCACGUACCAUUUAUAUCAUAGGGACGGCUUGCGUCAGUCCGACUCUUUGAAAAAGGGGAUUAUGGACACCUGUCUCGCAAGUGUCAGGAUGUCAACCUCUUAGUACAAUAACCGUGCCAUGAGUCCCUCCAGGGCAUAUACGGCCCCAAGAGAAAGUUCAGCAUGGCUAAGGUAUGUAAGACUACCAAGCGAUUGAAGCAUCUAUACUCCGUACUCGUGCUGGAAUUAGUAUCUCGCGUUUCACUCAUAGUCUGGCUCCUGGG